UCACUUCUUCAUGAUCUCUUAUCUUCUGCUCAUAAAUUUUUAACUUUUUUAUGAAAUAAAAUAAGAAUGCAAAUUAUAUAAAAUACGUUUAUAGUGUCAUUUUUAUUCUAUUAAGUCAGAAAAAUUUAUUAACAAGAUGGCAUGUUUCAAUAGGAAACUAUUAUCUUUCGCUAUAGAUGACAUAUUAAGCCAAAAUAAGAGUGUUGCUAAUAAUGAUUUUACCGCCGCCGAAAACAAAAACCUGAAAGAUAAUAUGGAUGAUGAUCAGUAUCUACAUAAAUAUCCAGAAAAUCGCGUCAAUCAUAACCUUCCUAAUUAUCCAGUUAACCAAAGCUUCGAGUCACAAUUACGAAAAUUUCAAACCAGAAAAAAUGAAUAAAAAUCUUAUUUUAGCUAACCAAUAUUCAUCGAUAUAUUUCAAUUUUUACAAUUCAAUUAUGUCCUUCCAACAAGAUGAUUCAAAACUCGGUUCCAAUAAUUACAAAACUAUUGACAAAUUAACCCCUAAUCACGUCACUUUAGCCAAAAUUAACCAUAAAUUUCAUUCCAUAUCGCCUUCGCCAUCCAGCAAUAUUAAUAUACCACAUUUUGGCACUCAAAAACCAUCCUACUCUUUACCAUCAUUUCUUUACUGUGACAGAACAAACAACCCUACUUAUAUAAUGAAAGAUAAUUUGGAAAUUUUUGAAGACGAAAACAACAAAGAUGGUGGUAACACUUAUAAGGAUAAAAAGAAAAAAAGAUGCAGAGCGGCUUUUUCAAAUGCUCAAGUUUAUCAAUUGGAGACCCGUUUCAAAUCUCAAAAAUAUUUAUCCGGUUCUGAAAGAUCUGAUUUGGCUCGACGUUUGAAGUUAACCGAAACUCAAGUUAAGAUAUGGUUUCAAAAUAGGAGGUAUAAAACGAAGAAAAAACACCUCAUGAUUAUGCAACAGAAGCUCCAUAAAUAUCACAACAAUGUCAUUUAUAAUAAUAAAGUCAGAGAUAAUUUUAUACCUUCAAAGCCUUAUCCACAAUUAACCGAUUCAGAUUUUGACGAAUGCCAUGCUAAAAAAUCAGAAACAAUAAGAACAUCUUCUUUCUCUAACAUAUAUCAGUCAUCUGUCGUAAAGCCUCUGGUAAAAUGUGGCAAAAAACUUCUGCACAGCAUAGAUAAUCUUUACAGAAGGGUUGAUUCGCCUCCUGGAAAACAAUGUAAUAUAGACACCUCAACAAUAUAUGAGACAUUGAAUAGCAGUAUUCAGACGACAAUUUCUGAUGCAUUUGAUAACAUGUUAAGUCUACCAUUCGGAUUCUCAUUAAAUUCAGAAAAUUAUCAAAGCUUUCAAUUAUUUUAUUCCAAAUAUUUUCCCCCAAUAUAACCAACUCAUCCAGGGUAGGGAAUGAGAUUUCAACAUUAUUUUUAUAGAUCCAAUUUUAUAAAUUUUUACGGCUCAUAACUGUAAAAUAAACAUUCAUUAUGAACAUAAGAGUAUAUUGGCAUUAAAAAAAGUUACAAAU